GAGAGAGAGAGAGAGAGAUCUAAGUCCUAAAAUCCUUCUUCACAUUGCUUUCUCUAACAAAACAGUUCCCCUUUUUUGCUACCUUUUUCUUUCUUCCAUUGCCACACAACCGUUAGAAAUCACAUUUUUGGUGUUUCUGAAAAACAAACAUGUUUUCACUAUUCCAAGCUAGCUUGGAUAACUUGGAGAGAUCCAUGCUUGUUCUUCCCACCACCAUGCUCACUGAACCCAACCGAAAGAGAUGGCACAUGGCAUUCGCUGUCAUCUACUGCUCGAGGGCCUUCUCCACCGCCCCCUUGAAAAAACCAAGAAAAUCAACCAGAGUUAAACCCGAAAAGAAAUCUCCUGUUUCAUCAACCAAAGUAAAACCCAAAAAGAAAUCCCCUGUUUCAUCAACCAGAGUUGUUAUCGAUAUUUUCGAACCGCACCCCUGCUUCCCGAAAAUCGAUCAGUCGGUCCUCGCAGGAUUCGUGAAGCAAAAAAACCUAAACCAGCUUAGGAAGUAUGACGGGGUCGAGGGAUUGGCUUGCGAUCUUGAAACAAAUUUAGAGAACGGGAUUAGCGGGGACUUAGAGGAUGUUUCUCGACGAAGCGAAGCGUUUGGAUCGAAUACUUACCGAAGGCCACCCGCAAAAAGUUUGUUGUAUUUCGUGUGGGAGGCCUUGAAAGAUCCCACCAUUUUGAUACUUUUAGCAUGUGCUGCACUUUCACUUGGAUUUGGCAUCAAGGAACAUGGCCUGAAAGAUGGAUGGUACGAUGGAGGAAGCAUACUUGUUGCAACCCUUCUACUAAUUGCGGUUUCAGCAAUAAGCAAAUUCUGGCAAAAUAGACAGUUCAUCAAGUUAACCAAAGUGAGAUACAACAAUAUCCAAGCCGAUGUUGUGAGAAAUGGAAGGCUGCAACAAGUUUCCAUUUCCGAAAUCAUGGUAGGAGAUGUUGUCUGGUUGAAGAGUGGUGACCCAGUUUCAGCUGAUGGGUUGUUUAUAGACGGGCCCUCUUUGCUGGUAGAUGAUCAUUUUUUGAUCAUCAAGCCAGUAGAUGAUCAAUCAAGCAUGACUGCAAAAACCGACCCUGUUGACGUUGAUCCUAACUGUAAUUACAAUAAUCCAUUCUUGUUCUCCGGCACCAAGGUAACUGCUGGGAAUGGUCGAAUGCUAGUCACCUCGGUGGGAAUGAACACAAAGUCGGGAGAAGUGAUGAGCACAAUCAGCACCCACUCCAACGAACAUGCCCCUCUAAAAUACCGACUCAACAAACUCACCUCAUCAAUCGGAAAACUCAGUUUACUUUUCGUGAUCUUAGUCCACGUUGUCGUCUUGCUAAUCCAUUACUUCACCGGAAACACAAAGGACAAGAACGGGAACACACAGGACAAUAGCGGCCAAACCAAAGCCAAUGACAUCAUAAAUUCUGUAGUCGGAAUCAUUUCUGGUGCUGUCACUAUACUGGUCAAUGCGGUCCCAGGAGGGUUACCGUUGGCUGUGACUCUCACUCUGGCUUAUUCAAUGAAACGAAUGAAUAGUGAUCACAAAAUGGUUGGCAAGCUCUCUGCUUGUGAAACGAUGGGUUUCACUACCACUAUUUGUACUGACAAAACUGGAACACUCACACUUAACCAGAUGAAGGUGACAAAGUCCUGGUUAGGCCAGGAAUGUAUUGAGGAAAGAGGGACCUCUUCUAUUGCAACCAGCGUUGUUGAAUUACUCCAACAAGGUGUUGGUUUGAAUACAACUGGUUCUGUUAAUAACUCUGCUUCAGGGUCUGAGUUUGAGUUCUCUGGUAGCCCUACCGAAAAGGCGAUCCUGUCUUGGGGUGCUUCAGAACUGAACUUGAGAAUGGAGGGACUUAAGGAGAGUUGUGAGAUUAAAAAAGUUGAAGCAUUUAACUUGACGAAAAAAAGAAGUGGUGUUUUGAUGAGGAAGAAGGGUGAAAACACGACCAAUGUGCACUGGAAAGGGGCACCGGAGAUGAUACUUCCAAUGUGCUCACAUUACUAUGACAUCUCAGGAAACAUCAAGGUUUUGGAUAAUGCUGAAAGGAAGAAAUUUGAUCGGAUAAUUCAAGGGAUGGCAGCUAGUAGUUUGCGAUGCAUUGCUUUCGCAUAUAAGCAAGUUCCAGAAGAAGAAAAUGAAGAGGGAAAAACCCAAAUAGACGAAAACUGCUUGAACCUUUUGGGGCUAGUGGGUUUGAUGGAUCCAUGUCGUCCGGGUGUGAAAGAUGCAGUGGAAGAGUGUCAAUCUGUGGGAGUGAAGGUGAAAAUGAUCACAGGAGACAAUAUUUUCACGGCUAUAGCGAUAGCCAUGGAAUGUGGGAUACUCAAGCCUCAUCAGGUCAUGGAAAGCGGAGCAGUGGUAGAAGGGGACGAAUUCAGAAACUACACGCCGGAGGAACGAAUGGAGAAAGUCGACAAGAUCUGCGUGAUGGCAAGAGCCUUUCCACAAGACAAACAACUAAUGGUACAAUGCUUGAAACAAAAAGGCGACGUGGUGGCGUUCAUUGGAGAUGGAACCAACGACGCACCAGCACUAAAAGAAGCUGAUAUAGGCAUUUCAAUGGGGAUAAGUGGGACUGAAGUGGCUAAGGAGUGCUCUGACAUCGUCAUUUUGGACGAUAACUUCGGGUCUGUGGCCUCUGCUUUAGGGUGGGGAAGAUGUGUUUACACCAACGUUCAGAAAUUCAUUCAGUUGCUGCUCACUGCGAAUGUUGCUGCCAUUGUCAUAAACUUCGUUGCGUCGGUUUCAACCGGAGAGGAUCCACUUUCAGCCGUCCAAUUUUGUUGGGUCAACUUUAUUAUGAACAUAUUGGGUGCUUUGGCUUUAGCCGCUGAAAAACCCACAAAGGAGCUAAUGGAAAAACCACCGGUGGGUCGAACAAAGCAACUCAUAACCAACGUUAUGUGGAGGAACUUACUCUCUCAGGCAUUUUAUCAAAUAGCUGUCCUGCUUACCUUACAGUUCAAAGGCGAGGCAAUUUUCAAGGUGAGUGCGAACGUCAAUGAAACUAUGAUAUUCAAUGUUUUCGUUCUGUGUCAAGUGUUCAAUGUCUUCGUACUGUGGAAGCUCGAGAAGAAGAACGUGUUUGAAGGAAUUUGCAAGAAUAAGUUGUUUCUGGUGAGUAUUGGGGUGACGACUGCGCAUCAGGUGUUGAUAGUGGAGUUUCUGAAGAAAUUUGCGGGUACGGACAGGUUGAAUUGGUGGCAAUGGGGAGUCUGUAUUGGGUUUGCUUUAGGUUCUUGGCCAAUUGGAUUGGCUGUCAAGCGGAUUCCUGUUCCAAAGAAACUUCCAGUGGAUUUGCUGUUGGAGUCAGUUCCGACAUCCACCGCCAACUCCGGCGACGAGGUUUUGUCCGGCGAAGAGGUUUUAUCGCGCGACGAGGUUACCAUCCCCAGCGAAGAGGCUUUGCCGGGCGAUGAGAAUUUGCCCGUGAAGGUUUUGUCGGGCGACGAGGUUACCAACCCCAACUCCGGCGACAAGGUUUUGUCGGGCAACGAGGUUAUCAACCCCAACUCCGGCGACGAGAUUUUGUCGGGCAACGAGGUUACCAACUCCGGCGACGACGAUUUGUCCGGGGAUGAGGUUUUGUCGGGCAAGAUUUUGCCGGGCGAGGAGGUUUUGUCCGGCAACGAGGUUAUGAGGGGCAAUGAGAUGUGCAUUAUCCGCGCUGGCAUAAACGAGCCGGGCCAGCUGGAUAUCCUCCGUGUAUCACGCAUACCCAAUAUGCAUGAUGCACAUUCCAUAUGCGUUAUCCUCCGUGUAUCACGCAUACCCAAUAUGCAUGAUGCACAUUCCAUAUGCGUUAGGGUUUAA